AUGGGUGGCUGUAAUCAUCCCAUAAGACUGGGCACACUAUGUGGGGUGUGUGGGAUGGAAAUACAGGAGGAGUCACAUCUCUUCUGUGCUCUCUACAACACGGACAACGUCAAGAUAACACACGAAGAAGCAGUUGCAAUACACAAGGAGAAGAUGGAGGCUCUGGAGAUGCAGAUGAAGCUGAUUCUGGUUCUUGAUCUCGACCAGACGGUUCUUCACACGACGUACGGAACUUCCUCGCUUGAGGGAACAGUGAAGUUUGUGAUAGACAGGUGCAGAUACUGUGUGAAGCUAAGGCCCAAUCUCGACUAUAUGCUUCGGAGGAUCUCGAAGCUGUAUGAGAUCCAUGUGUACACGAUGGGAACAAGGGCAUAUGCGGAGAGGAUAGUUGAGAUUAUCGACCCCUCUGGGAAGUACUUUGACGACCGGAUCAUCACAAGGGACGAGAACCAGGGGGUUCUCGUGAAGAGGCUGAGCAGGCUGUUUCCGCACGAUCACAGGAAUAUAGUGAUUCUUGACGACAGGCCUGAUGUGUGGGACUACUGUGAGAACCUGGUUCUGAUCAGGCCAUUUUGGUACUUCAACCGUGUCGAUAUCAAUGAUCCACUGAGGCUGAAGAGAAAGAUAGAAAAAGAGGCAGGAGAGAACAAGGCGCUUGAAGAGUUUGUGAGCAAAAGGAAGAAAAUUGAGGACAUAAGGAAUCCGGAGAUUGCUUCGAGGCUAGACGACAUGGUGUUGGAAUCCUCUUGCGGAUCCGAGGGUGUUGAAGAUGACUCUAGAAGCACAGAAGAAAAGGAGGUAUCUGAAGUACAAAGUGUGGCCUCGGGGGAUUCAGAGCUACUGAAGGUGGCAGGAUUUCUGAGAAAGGUGCACAGGAAGUACUUUGCAAGCAAGCAGAGGAAUGUGAAGAGGAUUUUGAGGAAGAUCCGAAGGAGGGUAUUUGGUGGAGAUCGGUUUUUUGUUGCCGAGAUAGCCAACCGGGCAUGGCUGGUGAAGACGAUAGAGAUGUAUGGAGGCAUAGUGGGCAUACCCGAGAGCGGAGUCGACUUCGUGGUAUCCUCCUGCGAGAGGGAGGCGGAGUAUCUGGCGCAAAAGUUUGAGUGUCUUGCAGUGUCGCCAAAGUGGAUAGCGGACUGUGUGUAUUCUCUGAAGCGGGUUGAGUAUGGAAAAUAUGUUGUAUGCGACCACAGGACCAAGGAUGAGUAUGAAGAGGAGCUUGAAAGACUUUUCACAUAG